GUAGACUCUGCAGAGAAGCUCCAACGAGUCACAGAAGAGCUCAAAGGAGCGCAGCAGAUUGCAGUGGAUCUGGAGCAUCAUGCGCUGCGAUCUUACCUGGGCAUCACGUGCCUCUUGCAGCUGUCCACAGGGGACAAGGAAUACCUGGUUGAUGCACUGGCCCUGCAUGACCACAUGCACCUCCUGCAGGACGUUUUGGAGGAUGCAAGAGUUGUCAAGGUGCUGCACGGGGGCGAGAAUGAUAUCUCCUGGCUUCAGCGGGACUUCCACCUGUACCUUGUCAACGUGUUUGACACCGAGAAGGCAUGCCAGGUUUUGGGUUAUGAAGAGCGAUCUCUGGCGCAUCUCCUGCAGAGAUAUUGUGGUGUCACGGCCAACAAGCAAUACCAACGAGCUGACUGGCGAGUCAGACCUCUUGCAAAGGAGCUGGUGGACUAUGCAAGGACGGAUGUGCACUUUCUGGUGUACAUUGCUGAUGUCCUGCGCUCUGAGCUG